ACUGAAACUCAGAAUUGUACUACACUAGAUCUUUAUAAUUCGAUGCACUGAAGUCAAGUUUACAAUGAAUAUCUGGUUUAUGACAUCACUGGUUAUAUUGAGUCUGUACGGUACAUUCAGUUUGGACAAUGGCCUAGCGAGGACACCACCUAUGGGAUGGAUGGCAUGGGAGAGAUUUCGCUGCAAUAUAGACUGUGUCAACGAUCCAGAUAAUUGUAUAGGAGAGAAGCUAUUUAUGCAGAUAGCAGAUCACAUGUCCACUGAUGGAUUCAAAGAUGUAGGUUAUGAAUACGUGGCCAUUGAUGAUUGCUGGAUGUCUCACCAAAGAGACAGUAAUGGUAAAUUAUACGGCAAUACAACCAGGUUUCCAAGUGGCAUUAAAAGACUAGCUGAUUAUGUGCAUUCCAAAGGUUUAAAACUUGGUAUAUAUGAGGACUAUGGUAAACUCACAUGUGCAGGUUACCCUGGCAGUUUAGAUCACCUUGAAGUAGACGCACAGACAUUUGCUGAUUGGGGCGUGGAUUAUUUAAAAUUUGAUGGAUGUUACUCCAACCCGAAAGUUAUGGAUACAGGCUAUCCACAGAUGACAAAGGCCCUCAAUAAAACUGGCAUACCUAUUGUGUUUUCAUGUAGUUGGCCUGAUUACCAACGAGCUUCUGGUAUGAAGCCAAACUAUACUCUAAUUGGAGAUAACUGUAAUCUAUGGCGUAAUUUCAAUGAUAUCCAGGAUUCUUGGGAUAGUGUUACUAGUAUUAUUGACUACUAUGCAAAAGAACAUGACACACUUGCAGCAGCACAAGGACCAGGUAAAUGGAAUGACCCUGACAUGGUUAUCAUUGGUGAUUUCGGUUUGAGUUAUGAUCAGUCUAAAUCACAGAUGGCGAUGUGGUCCAUAUUUGCAUCACCAUUAAUGAUGUCUAAUGACCUGAGAUCUGUAAGUGAUGAAGCUAAGGAAAUACUUCUCAAUAAAGAAAUUAUUGCUGUUAAUCAAGAUGCACUUGGUGUGAUGGGAAGACAAGUCUAUAAGACAGGAGCCAUGGAAGUAUGGACCAAACCUUUGGUAAACAAAAGUUUUGCAACAGUGUUCCUGAAUCGUAAUACUAAUGGUAUGCCUAGAAGUAUUUCAAUGACUCUUAAAGAUAUGGGUUAUAAUACUGGUGUAGACCACUAUACAUUGAGGGAUGUAUACCUUCAUAAAUCUCUGGGCAAUUAUGGUAUCAAUGAUCAAUUUACAGCAACUGUCAACCCAACUGGUGUAGUCAUGGUAACAGCAUCCAUAUCAACCACAUAA